CAAGGGUAUUCCUGGAAACGCAGAAAAGAUAAAGGCCCAAACCCAAGCUCCAAAAACCCUAAUGAUAUAAAUUAGUUAACAAUUCCGUUUCAGAGCUUCACCCUCAACAUACAUCGCGGUCGCAGUAGAAAAAUCCCAAUCUAACCAGCCAAUUAAAAAUGAAGAUCAUCGCUGCUUAUAUGUUGGCUGUUUUGGGCGGUAACUCUGCCCCUUCCGCUGAUGAUAUCAAAACCAUCCUCUCCUCAGUUGGAGUUGAGGCCGAGGACUCAAAUAUUGAGUUGCUUUUGAGUGAAGUCAAGGGAAAAGAUUUUGCCGAGCUAAUUGCUAGUGGCAGAGAGAAGUUGGCUUCAGUGCCUUCUGGUGGAGGUGCUGUUGCUGUUGCUGCUUCUGGUGGAGGUGCUGCAGCUGCUGCUGCACCAGCUGCCGAAGCAAAGGAGGAAAAGAAGGUUGAAGAAAAGGAAGAGUCCGAUGAUGACAUGGGAUUUAGCUUGUUCGACUAAGUGGUCUAUUGUUCUUUCUUGCGUACAUUUGCAAUUCCCGUUAGAGUUUAGUUGAAAUACAACAUUUUGUUAUUUUGAGUUACAAAUUAGUUUUUGUGGGUUUCACCUUUUCAAUUGCAACACAUUGCUAUGACAUUAAAGUGCUUGACCCUACUAUUGGUUAAUUUAUUUUCUGCAUUACAUUGUUGCUGGUACUUUGAUAACUAAGAAAUUUUAUUCUUAUAAACGCGACAUCAGGAGGAUUAA